AGUACCCUCCAAUUCCCGCAUUUACAAUUGUGUCUUCCAGUUGUUACAGAUCUGUCUUUCUGUAUAUAAUCACCAUUUCUUCAUUCUCGAACAAGAGAGCGCCAUGAAAGAAGAGAUACAGGGCUCGUCAGCUUCAUCAUCAUCUAAAAGAAGCUACUGGAGAUGGAGCAAGCGAGACUUCUUCCCAGAAAGUUCAUUUCAGAGCUUGGCUUCCUACAAGGCUGCACUCUCCCAGACUUGUCCACGUCUCACCGACCGCCUGCUCGCUCGCUCUUCCGACUCUAACGAGCUCCUCACACUACGCAAGGAGAGCGAGAACCCAAUGCAAAGAUGCCUCACAUGGUGGGACUUGAUAUGGCUCAGUUUCGGCUCUGUUGUCGGGUCGGGCAUAUUCGUCGUCACGGGUCAGGAGGCGCAUUUCCACGCCGGUCCAGCAAUUGUCCUCUCCUACGCUUUGUCAGGUCUGUCUGCUUUGCUCUCAGUCUUUUGUUAUGCAGAAUUUGGAGUUGAAAUUCCGGUGGCUGGUGGUUCUUUUUCUUAUCUUCGUGUGGAACUCGGCGACUUCGUUGCGUUUAUUGCAGCGGGGAAUAUUCUCUUAGAGGCUAUUGUUGGUGCUGCUGGAUUAGGUCGAGCUUGGUCUUCCUAUUUGGCUACUAUGAUUAAGAACAAUUCUGAUUUUUUCAGAUUUAAGGUAAAUUCUUUUGCUGAAGGGUUUAAUUUUUUGGACCCGGUUGCAGUUUUGGUGCUUUUAGUUGCUAAUGGUAUAGCAAUGAGUGGCACAAGGAGGACUUCUUGGUUGAAUUGGAUAAGUUCUUUGGUUACUGCUGGUGUGAUUGUGUUUGUCAUAGUUGUGGGAUUUAUUCAUGCUAAGAGUUCUAAUUUGGUGCCUUUUCUCCCUCACGGGGUAGAGGGUGUUUUCCAAUCUGCUGCAAUUGUUUACUGGUCUUAUACAGGUUUUGAUAUGGUGGCAAAUAUGGCCGAAGAAACUAAAAAGCCUUCAAGGGAUAUACCAAUUGGAUUAGUUGGUUCAAUGUCUAUGAUCAGUGUAAUUUAUUGCUUGAUGGCUUUGGCGCUGGUCAUGAUGGUGAAGUAUACUGAAAUUGAUGUAAAUGCUGCAUAUGCUGUUGCUUUUGGACAAAUUGGCAUGAAAUGGGCAAAGUAUUUGGUGAGUAUAUGUGCACUUAAGGGAAUGACCACAAGCUUGCUGGUUGGAUCACUUGGACAAGCUAGAUAUACAACUCAGAUUGCUAGAGCUCAUAUGAUUCCUCCCUGGUUUGCUUUGGUUCACCCUAAAACUGGAACCCCUAUUUAUGCUACUCUGUUGGUAACCAUACUUAGUGCCAUAAUUGCAUUUUUCUCAAGUCUGGAUGUUUUGUCAAGUGUUUUUUCUUUCACCACACUGUUCAUUUUUAUGCUUAUGGCUGUUGCAUUGCUUUUAAGGCGAUAUUGUGUGAAGGAUGUUUCUCCAGGGAAUGAUUUUGUUAAGUUUCUUGUUUGUCUGUCUGUGAUAAUUGGUUCUUCAAUUGGAGUUACAGCGUUGUGGAAAUCGAAUGUGAGAGGAUGGAUUGGGUACAUGGUGUCUGGGUUGCUUUGGUUUCUGGGGACUUUGGGGAUGGCAUUGCUUCCAAAGCAGCGUGUUCCAAAGGUUUGGGGCGUUCCUCUAGUUCCUUGGUUGCCAGCAUUGUCAAUCGGGAUGAACCUAUUUCUUCUAGGAUCACUGGGUUUUGUUGCCUUUUUAAGGUUUAUCAUUUGCACAUCCGCAAUGCUUGUGUACUAUCUGUUUGUUGGUCUUCAUGCUACUUAUGAUGUGGCUCAUCAGACUCCAGAAGAAUUGAAGAUUGAAGAUGGCAAAUGAAAAAGAAAGUCAAGGAAUGCUCAGUUGAUAACCAAGAGUCAUUCACCCAUUGAUUCAUAUGCUACUUAUCUUCGUAUCGGUAGAUGGGGUUAAUGUCUGAGUUCUAAUCCUCCAGUUACCCAAUUACGUAGGACAUUUGUUCCUCGCAAACAGCUAUUUCUUUGUAUGUUAGUUUGGUCUUGGUCAAUACAUUUGUGGUAUUGUUGUUGAUGCUGCUUAGAAAAUGGGAUGUUUGCGAUUCAAUCAAGAAAUGAUUUUCCAGUGAGAGCUGGAAUUCCUUUCACUUCUCCUGUAAUGGUGCUCAUCAUAUUUAGGUUAUGCUUCCUAGCACCUCGUUCAAAAUAUGUAUAUUAUAUACACUUGAUAGAUCCAGUGAAACAAAUGUAUUUGUAUUACCACUGAUAUGAAGAAGGAUAUUCUGUUGAUUUUGGCA